AAGAGUGGGAUAUGCCUAUGUCAAAAUUCAAGAGUCAAUUGUCAAGAUAUCUUUAUUGUUUACAAUAGAUAACUUAUAAGAUGCGUUAAUAAUAUUGAUAUAUAUUAAUCAAACCCUGAAGGCUUUGUAAUAUAUAUGAGUAAAAUGCCCGUGGAAUUAAAUAGUCUUACAGAGGGAUGGCUAGAAUUAGAAAGUGAUCCGGGUCUAUUCACUUUACUCCUUGAAGAUUUCGGCGUAAAGGGAGUCCAAGUGGAGGAAAUAUAUGAUUUACACAAACCUCUAGAAAGCCCGGUUUAUGGGUUUAUUUUUUUAUUUCGCUGGAUUGAAGAAAGACGAUCACGUCGUAAAUUUGUCGAACAGAUUGAAAGCUUCGUGCGUGAUGAAGAAACAAUAAAUAAUAUAUUUUUCGCCCAACAAAUGGUUCCGAACAGUUGUGCUACACAUGCACUACUGUCCAUAUUACUUAAUUGUCCAAAUCUCCAUUUAGGAGAAACACUGAGCCGAUUAAAGCAUCAUACACUAGGUAUGAAUCCUGAGAACAAAGGUUGGGCCAUAGGAAACACGCCUGAAUUAGCUUGUGCACACAAUUCCCAUGCUAUACCACAAGCUCGCAAAAAGACUGAUAAAAAUGCUGGAGUUCCUACUGGUCGCUUUACAGGUGAAGCGUACCAUUUUGUAAGUUUUGUGCCCAUAAAUGGUCAUUUAUUUGAAUUGGAUGGCUUAAAGCCCUUUCCAACUGACCAUGGUCCAUGGGCCUCUGACGAAGAUUGGACUGACAAGUUUCGAAGAGUCAUGGCUGAGAGACUAGGAAGAGAUGCCGGAGAACAAGUACAUGAUAUAAGAUUUAAUCUCAUGGCGGUAGUACCAGAUAGACGAAUAGCAUUGACUCAAAGAUUAAGUGCUUUGGAAUUAAACCAAAGGAGACUCAAAGAGGCCAUCUCUAAAAUAGGCAAACAUCUAAGACAUUUAUUGAACAAGAAUAGAGAUUUUAACGAAGAUUCACUGUCCAGCAUGAACAAUGUUGAUGGAUCAAAUGAAAGUUCCAUUCAAAUAUGCGAGGACGCAAUUCUCAAUGCCUUAGAGGCUUCAGAGGUGUCAUCCUUGAAUAUAAAUAUAACAGAUGCCAUUACAAUCGAAAUUGGUGCCUCGGACAGUGCGUAUGAUAGCACUAUAACCUUAGCUGAUCCUAUUGAUCAAACUGCUGUUGUCAAAUUUGUGACAAUUAAUGGUGAAAACGAGAUAUUGUCAGAUAUAUACCCCACAUCUACGACCGCACUCAUCAAGAGUAACAACAUGCCAGUUGUAUUGUGUUGUGAAGUGGUCCCGGAACAGCCUUACAGGAUGAGGAAGCUUCUGUUCACUCACGCCGAGCUGAACUCACUCAUGAACAGCAUCAUGAGUGAGGUCCAGGCGUGCCAACAGGCGCUCAAUGAUGAGAAUGAUAAAAGAGAUAUGUAUAAGGUGGACGACUGCCGUCGCACUCACAACUACGACGAAUUCAUCUGCACUUUCCUAUCAAUGUUGGCUGAGCGAGGUGUGCUGGCGGAGCUGGUGACCGCUCAGCUGGAGAGGGGCCGGAGCGCGAGAGUAAGGAGACGAAGACCUCGACCGAGGCCUAGGGCCAGGCCGAGACCGAGGCCCAGGACGAGAAAGUGAUAUACGCCGUCUCUUUCAAACAUCAUAAUAUACAUCAUUCUGUCUCGCUCACUACGCUUUACAACACAAGCUGAAGAUUUCCUUAGAAGUUAGUGCCAAUGACGGAUUAAAAUUAUAUCAAGGAUAGCAUUUGCUAGAAAAUCACUCUCAUUUACUAAGUUUAACCUACUAUUUAAGAAUGUAAACUAAUUAAAAACCAUGUGUGUAUCACAAACACAAGAAACUGUAGUCGUGGCAGAUAUUUGUAGUAGCUCUUAAAAAUAUUUGAACCCACAAGUCAUAGGCCUUUAAAAAGAAAUAGUUGCCGCGGUCUGCAAGGCGGCACUGUAUGGUACUUUUAUUUACAUAGCGUAAUGUUGUACAAGUUUAGAUACGAUGUUUUAAUUUCUUACGAAUUUAAUGAUAAGUGAAGUUACUAUACCUGUAUUUAUAUUUUUUUUUUCUCUUCUGAAUAUUAUAAUUUAUUUAACACA